GAGAGGAGGAGAAGAGAAGAAAGGAUCAGAUUUGACUCAUCAAAAAAUUGACCAGGAGAGUGACACAGAAGGAAUGGAUGAGGACUCUGUGAGCGACCAGAGUUUUGAUUCCAGCGCGGAAGAAAUGUUUUUGGAAGGAGAAGAUCCACUUUUUGAUCAUCCCUCCGAUUCUGAUUGGGAGCCCCCACUGCCAAGGUGCCCAUCCCCGACAGGAGCUGGAUCAUCUAGCCGGACCCCUGCUGUCUCCGGCUCCACACCUACCCCCGCCCUGCCAGGUGGGAAGUCUGUGACAAAGAAGUGGAGGUGGGGAAGAGCUAAACCUGCAAUCAGAGAGGAGGAGGGUCGUUGGCACUCUGUGCUGGAGGAGGAUGUGUUGCCUACACCUCCAGUAUUCAGACCGAAGAGGCCACCAGGUCCUCAGCUGGACAUGACCUCCAAGUACAGCCCCAUGCAACUUUUUCAGCUGUUUUUCACCUCGGCAGUUGUUAAUUCCCUGGUGUCGAACACUAAUAAGUACGGAGCUAAGAAGCAGGCAGGGAAGAAAGAGGGAUGGAAGCCCAUUUCCAUGUCAGAUCUUUUUUGUUUCAUGUCAAUGGUCAUGUACAUGGGUCUUGUGAAGCUAAAAACCCUGAAAGACUACUGGAAAACUGCUCCCCUCUAUCAACUGCCUUUCCCAUCCACUGUCAUAUCAUGCAAAAGGUUUCUGACAAUCUCACAGGCACUUCAUAUCAGUGACCCAGAAGUUGAUGAGGACAAUGAGAAGAUGAGAGGCACAGCAAGGUUUGAUAGGCUGUGCAAAAUAAAACCUCUCUACACCAGCAUUGUUGAGGCUUGCAAAACCUAUUUUCAGCCUGCCCAGAACAUUUCCAUCGAUGAGAGGAUGGUAGCUUCAAAAGCCAGAAUUGGCCUAAAACACUACAUGCGUAACAAACCAACUAAAUGGGGUUACAAACUGUUUGUUUUGGCUGAUUCUACGUGUGCAUACACGUGCAAUUUUUUUGUUUAUGAGGGGAAGAGCAGUUUUGCGACUGGUAAGGGAUUUAGCUAUGACUCCGUUAUGCAGUUAUUAGAUUUUCAGCUGCUAGGGAAGGGCUACAAACUGUUUGUGGAUAACUUCUACACAAGCCCUACCCUGUUCACAGACCUGAGGAAGCGGGAUGUGUGGGCCUGUGGCACCAUUCGGACCAACAGAGUGGGCUUCCCGAAAACAAAGGUGAAUGACAUGCCUAAGCGGGCUGAGCGGGGUACCAUGAGAUGGAUCCGUGAAGAUGGCCUGCUCUUUGUGAAGUGGAUGGACACCAGAGAGGUGGCGAUGUGCUCCACUAUCCACAAGUCCUUCAGUGGAGAUCACGGCGUCAGGCGUGUGAAGGAUGCUACUGGGGCAUGGACCACCAAAAAUGUCCCCAUUCCUGCAGCCAUCAAGGACUACAACAAGAGCAUGGGAGGUGUGCGCCUAUCAUAUGCGCUGAUAGGAUACUACAAUGUUCUCCACAAGACAAUGAAAUGGUACAAGACAUUUUUCUAUCAUUUCAUUGACAUUGCUGUGGUGAAUGCCUUCAUCCUCCAGAAGGAAAUGGCUAAGAGCUGUGGACAGCCCCCCAUCUCACAGCUAGCCUUCAGAGAGCUGCUCAUCCAGGAGCUUGCUAGCUACAGCAGGACCAUUGUAGCACCUUCUGUCCCCUCUACGUCUGUCCCCUCUGCUCCAACUAGUAGUGUUCACCUGCCCAGAUUCAUCUCUGCAGACAUGAAUGUGCCUCAGGGCAAAAAGGGCACAGUAGGGAGACGUCAUUGUGUUCUGUGUCACAGGAAAUGCCCCAUCACCUGCACCAGCUGUUCAGUAACCCUCUGCUUUACAGCAGAAAGAGACUGCUAUUGGACAUGGCAUCAGAAGAACAAUAUUGUGUAGAGGACUGAGGGUCUUCACAAUAUUAUACAUUGAAUGUGCGUAAAUAGUUACCCUUGUUAUUUAAAACAUUUUCAAAUGUUCAUUUUUUUUGGGGGGGGGGGGGUGGUAUGUUAGAAUGGCAUUUGAGUGUUUUGUAUAUAGUAAUUUACUUCAAAAUGUAUCACUGUACCAAUUCGGCCACUUGGGUACAUUUGGGCAACUUGUGUGGGACACCUGGGUGACUAUAUGCUCAAUGUCAUGUAGCUCACUCAUUCCUGAAGAUAUCUUUCUGAAACUUUUUUCAAAUACUGUUGCCAUCUUAUGUUCUCCAUUCAAACCACCCCCAGCAUCCUAUCUGUAUGUUUGGAUGUUAUUGUUUCAGUUGAAAGAUGAUGCAGCAACAAUAAAAACAGAAAACGUA